AUGGUAGACAAGAAGCUAAAGGACAACCUGUCGCGUGUCAAAGCUCCCUCUCCUCUCGGCAAGUCGAUCUUUGUUGGGCUUCGUUUGACAGAUGCAGUUUGGCAAUAUGCAUUUCUCCAUCGUGGUUGGGCAUCCCAGCUAGUCCAACGGCUUGGUGGAACGUCUCUACAGGUUCUGCAUGCCUCCAGUGGCCGGCUGAACACUUAUUAUCAGCUCCUUGUUGUUAUGGCUCUCGGCAGUGGAUUUAAGCAAGCAAUUCACAUGGCCUUCAUCUCAGAGCAAGAGCUUUCGAGUGGGUUAGGCUUUGGUAUAGGGUUCUUUAACACCGUCUUCAACUCGACAAACAUCCUUCUUUCCGUCUGGUCCCUCACCACCCAAUCGCCUUCCUCCGAUGGUUCGCUUCAUAUCCAAUCCACGGCUUCGGUAGCCAUCGGUGUUUGCGCUUACACUGUCGGCAUCUUGACGGAAUUGAUAUCGGAACUCCAGCGCCGUCGCUUCAAGAAAGACCCGAAUAACAAAGGAAAGCCGUACGGAGGCGGACUGUUCUCGCUCGCAACAAACGUUAAUUACGGUUCUUAUACCUUGUGGCGGACUGGAUUUGCAUUGGCAACUGGAGGCUGGGCCUGGGCACUAUUCAACUUCUCUUUUUUCUUCUACGAUUUUGCGACUCGUGGAGUUCCAGUCCUUGACGAGUAUUGCACUCAGAGGGUAACUAGCCUAUUGAAGGAGUCGGAGGUGAAGAUCCCCGGGUCCAACCCUGGAGGACUCUCUGGAUAA